AUGGACGAUGGCGACAGUUCUUCGGACGAAGAAGGAGGCAGAAUUCAAUUCGAUGUGACCGAAGAUGAUCUGGAAGCAGAAAUGGCAGGUUUUGCUGGUAGACAGUUUCAGGGACAAAGAAAGAAUAAUCGAAGCUGGAAUGACGACGAUGAUGACGAAGAGGAAGAAGAACUACGUGGAGGUCUCGGAAUGCGUGGAGGGUUAGGUUUGAAAGUUGGACCUACAUUCAAGAAAGCCGCAACACAAACGCAAACUCCUACAACUGAACCUUCUACACCAGAAAUGCCUUCUAGAACUGCAUCACCAAAAAGGGAUUCAAUGAAGAAUAAAGUACGCAACGGUCGGUCAGCGACAUCGUCACCUCAUUCUACUGCUGAUUUAGGCACAUAUUCAUCAAUCAGUCUUAAAAUGUUGGAAAAAAUGGGUUGGAAACGAGGUCAAGGUUUGGGUGCAGAAGGUACCGGUAUCACGGCACCGAUUGAAGUAAAGCAACGACCAAAAGGUAUGGGUUUGAGUUUUAGAGGCUUUGAUGAACGCACGGAACAGGCAAAAAUAGAAUCAGAAGAACGUAAACCACAACUAUUGGAUGAGGAUGAAGAAAUUGACGACGGAGACACAGGAGCAGAUGAAUUGAAUCGAAUGAAGAAACGCUAUGCAUGGAAAGAAGAAGCAAAUAAAAGAACUAGAAAGGCUAAAACAGUAUACAAAACAGCAGCAGACAUCCUUACGGAAACAGAGGGAUUAUUACCAACAAUAAGUACAACAACACAUCAAAAAGUGAUUGAUAUGAGAGGGCCAAAUAUACGUGAAAUUUCUAUCUCUGAUAUUAAGCUCACAGGAUCUCCAACGUUAAUGGAAACCACUACAAGGCUUCCAGAACUAAGGCAUAAUUUACAAUUGAUAGUUGAUCUAUCGCGUGCUGAUUUGGAGAAUUUGUCCCGAGAGAAGCAGGCAAAUCAGUUAAAGAAGACAUCUCUUGAAGAAGAACUGAAGACGAUCGAAAAGGAAUUGGACACACAGCAACAGCAACUGAAAAAAAUACAACAAUUAAAACAAAUCUCCAUAAAUUUAGAUAAAAUUAGUAAAACUGCAUUAGGCACAGGUGCUUACGAAACAGGCAACAUUACCGCAUUAUUCGGCGAACAAUUUGCAAUAUUAGAAAGAGAAUUCUCAGACAAUAUUGAAACAAUGAACGUUGAUGCACUUGUCAUAUCUGUCUGGGCACCAAUUUUAAAAUAUAAAUCAAUAACGUGGAACGUCAUAGAAGAGCCCACAUGGGGUUUAGCAGAUGUUAAAAGAUGGAGAUCCUUGCUAAGAUGUAAUGACGACUUUUCAACAACUCCAAGAAAUAUACCAGCAACUAUAUCGAUUUGCACACCAUUCGAGACGAUGAUGAAUACCAUUUGGCUAACCAAGGUUAGAAGUGCUAUAAAUAAUCAAUGGAAUGUACAUGACCCUGAACCUAUCAUUCAACUAUUAGAAGAAUGGGAACCAGUUUUACCCAGGUUUAUCUUUGAAAACAUUGUCAACCAGCUUAUUCUACCAAAGAUUCAAAGGGCUGUAUCAGAUUGGAAUCCUCGUACAGAUCGCGUGAUGAUCCAUACCUGGCUACAUCCAUGGUUUCCUACGCUGAAAGCUUGGCGAUUGGCAGAUUUGUGUACUACCAUUCGUCAAAAGUUAUCUGUGGUUUUACGGCAAUGGCAUCCUUCCGAUGAAUCUGCCUUACAUAUAAUAUCCCCAUGGAAAGAAGUUUGGACGCCUCAACAAUUUGAGCAAUUUGUUAACAAGUCAAUAUUACCCAAGCUUACUAAUGUACUUCAUGACGAAUUUCGUGUGAAUCCAAAGAGUCAAGAUCUAGAGCCAUUGAUUUGGUGUUUGGCGUGGAAAGGUGUCGUGUCGGAUACGAUAAUAGGCAUGCUAUUGAAAAAUGAGUUUUUCAAUAAAUGGCAUGAUGUGCUAGUGCAGUGGCUCAGUUUAGACAUUUAUAGCAUAAAUUAUGAUCAAAUCAGCGAGUGGUAUCGUUGGUGGCGGCAAGUGUUUAGUGCAUACGAUUUUGAUUCGAACACGCUGGUGAUGAAAGAGUUUAGAAGAGGUUUGGAUACAAUGAAUAAAGCUCUCAGUGGCGGAUCAUUGUAA